AUGGCGACCAAGACAGAAAAGAAACUGUCAGAGUACGUGAUCCAACGGAAAGGAAUCCUUGUAGUUCAGAAGGCAGUGGAGAAGUUUGCAGAGGAUUUCGAUUGCGACCGGGAUGCCUGCCAAAUUCCAAUUCGCCUCGAUUCACUGGACCGAAUCUACAAGGAGUUCCUAGAGGUACAAGGGCAGAUCGAGCUGUACGAUAAGUCAGAGAUGUUCGAUACCCACCUGGAAGAGCGCAUGGAUUUCGAGACGCGGUAUUGUAGAGUCAAAGGUUUUCUAUUGUCGAAUCGUGCUGCUGAUCCCAACCAAACCAUACUGAACAGCACAAUGGCGACCCCUGCUCACGUUUCUUCCUCGUUCCACCUACGCUUAUCCAAGAUCGACCUACCUAAGUUUAACGGCGAUUUCUCGCGAUGGCUCGCAUUCCGUGACACAUACACGUCGAUGAUCCACAGCAAUGCAGAUAUUCCGACGGUUGCGAAACUGCAGUACCUGCUGCAGUCGUUGGAGGGAGAAGCCAGGAAACCAUUCGAGUCCGUAGACAUUGAAGCAGAUAACUACGCAUCGACUUGGGAAGUAUUACUAAAGCGGUACGACAACAAGCGGUUCCUAAAGCGUCAGCUCUUCCGAGCUCUAUAUGACCUCCCACCGAUCAAUCAAGAAAGUCCCCAAGAAAUUCAUGUUUUGGUUGAUGAUUUCUACCGGCAUGUGAGGGCUUUAGCAAAGUUAGGCGAACCAGUCCAUUAUUGGGACACUCCGUUGGUAAACCUCCUUUGUUACAAGCUAGAUCCAACUACACUACGUGCUUGGGAGGAGAAAACCAGCAACAACGACGACGUAACCUACGAUAUGCUGAUCGAAUUUCUUUACCAACGUGCCCGUAUGCUGACGUCCGUUAUAACCGAUCUGCGAUAUCGGUCACAACAACCUGUUACAGCCAAGAUGGCCGGUUCGAUUCCAACCCCAAAACCAUUCAAGGUGGUAUACAAGGCAGCUACCGUUGAAUCGAACUACAGUUCUCUGCCGUGUCUCGCCUGUCCAGAGAAGCAUUUACUCUUCCAAUGUCCAGCAUUUUCCGAGAUGUCCGUCUGCCAGCGUCGUGAACUGGUUUCCCAGAAACGCCUAUGCUGGAAUUGCUUCCGUACUGGACACCAAGCCAGGAACUGUACCUCCGUGUUCUCCUGCCGUAACUGCCACGAAAAACACCACUCCUUGUUGCACGAGCCAGCACCGUCGAACAUACAAUCUACUCCUGUCGUGGCAGUAAGCCAGCCUAUUCCCUCGACGUCCGCCAUCGCUGGCCCUUCCAGCUCGGUGAAUCCGAACAACCAAGUGAGCAUGUCAGUCCGGGCUGAGCACAGUACAGUCUUGCUAGAAACAGUUUGCCUCCUCGUCGUAGAUCAGAACGGCAAGGAAAUACCCGUACGUGCACUCCUGGAUUCAGGAUCCAUGUGCAACUUAAUAACCAACAAGCUUGCAAAUUCCAUAAAUCUUCGUCGCACCAAGGUGGAUGUCGCAGUAGCUGGUAUAGGUGACUCCACCAAGCAGAUCAAGUGCCAAUUGACUGCUAGGAUCAAGUCGAAGUCGACACCGUACUCCACCAAUCUUGAGUUCCUGAUCCUCAAGAGACCGACGGUAAACCUUCCGACCGUUCCGAUCGACACUUCCACUUCUCUUAGCUCGCAUUUGAGCUCUACGUAA